AUGGCCGAUAACGGAGUCAACCAACUCACUCAAGCUGAGCUUUUGGCCCAGAUGGCUGAGCUACAAGCUGAAGUCAGAAGGCUCACCGAACUAUCCACCCAAACAGCCAAUAAACAUGAUGAGAAUGGUUCCAAAGGCUCAGUCAAAGGUAGCACAGACAUAUUCAGCGUUAACCCGCCAAAGCAGAAGCUGACCUUAGAUAACCCCUUCUCCGAAAAAAUCAACAAUUACCAGAUGCCAAAGAAUUUCACACUGCCUUCCUCUCUCGAGCCAUAUAAGGGGAUUGGUUCGAUCUCUUCAUUUGAAGAGCUGGCGAAGUCCUUCAUCGACUACUUCACAGCAGCACGGAUAUAUGUACACGGAUCAGAUUACCUCGACACCAUCCGCCAAGGGCCACAAGAAAGCUUGAAAGACUACAUGACCAGAUUUGCAGAGGCAACCAUGGAGAUACCAGAUCUGGACCCUGCUGUCCACCUACAUGCCCUUAAGGCCAGUCUCCGACCUGGAAAAUUCAGAGAGACAAUCGCGGUUACUAAGCCAAAGACGUUGGAAGAAUUCCAAGAAAGGGCGACCAGACAGAUAGAGAUUGAAGAGCUCCGUGAAGCCAAAAGAACAGAAAGAAAACCUCCUAAGAAGGAGAAAGACAGAACGACAAGGUCGGCGAAUAAUAAAGACUCUAGGAAGCCCUUCAAGCUCACCCCAAAAUUUGACAAUUACACCAGAUUCAACACAAAGAGGGAGAAGAUAAUUAAAGAAGUACUCAACGCUAAAAACAUAAAACCUCCAGCAAGAGCAGGAAGCUAUCAAGACCAGCAAUUUGUUGACAAAAGCAAACAUUGUGCCUUCCACCAGAAGUACAAACAUACAACUGACGAGUGCGUGAUGACUAAAGAUCUGCUAGAGAGAUUGGCUCGACAAGGCCUCCUAGACAAAUACAUCGAAGGAAGAAAACACAAAGAAAGCAGCAGGGACCAACAAGACCACCAUCAAACUCCGGGAAACAAGGAAGACAAUAAAUGGUCAAACAACACUCCACCAAAAGGCAUUAUAAACUGCAUAUUCAGAGGAUUCACGCGGGGAGGCGAAACAACCUCGGCACAGAAACGAAGCUACCGCACAAUGCUGGCAAUCGAAGGAGUAGCACCACCAAACAAAAAAGAUGUGUCCGAUCUCAACAUCACCUUCAGUCAGGCAGAUAUAUACUCGGCCACUCUGAACUUAGACAAUCCAGUGGUAAUCUCUAUCCAAACAGGCGAGCUGUUGGUAAGAAAGGUCCUUUUGGACCCAGGUAGUAGCGCAUAUGUACUUUUUUAUUCUACUUUUCUAAAAAUGAAACUAUCUGAAAAACUCAUGCAACCCUCAUCCGAAGAACUGGUAGGAUUCUUUGGAGAAAGGAUCCCGAUCAAAGGUUACAUAUGGCUAAAGACGAUGAUGGGAGAGGACUCAUUAUCACGAACCAUUGAUAUACAAUAUUUGAUAGCUGAUUGCCCCAUUCCUUACAAUAUUAUUCUCAGAAGACCUGCUCUGAACAUGUUCAGGGCAGUAAUAUCCACUUUACAUCUAUGUGUUAAAUUUAAGGCACAGGACGACAAGAUAGCUACACUCCACUCAGACCGCCAACAAGCUCGGGAAUGCUACAACGCAAGCCUAAAGAGGUCAGACACAAGACAGAAAUAUGAACAGGAAGUCAAAGCAAUUCACACCACAAAAGAGGUUUUGUCCCUAGCCGAGCCUGACCCUUGA